UUCCGGUUUCUUUCCUCUUGUCGCCGAUUCGUCAUUUCACGCCGCUGCCGAACAAGUUCUACGUCAUUCUCCGAGCAUGAGCAAUCCAUCAACGGCGGCAACGUCGAAAUCAAAAGCCGCCGGAUCCUCCCAGACGCCCGAAACCUCGUCCAAGCGCAAACGUGGAGUCUUUCAGAAAGAAUUGCAGCACAUGAUGUACGGAUUUGGCGAUGAUCCAAACCCUCUUCCGGAGAGCGUGGCACUUGUAGAAGACAUUGUCGUGGAAUAUGUUACGGAUUUGACACACAAGGCACAAGACAUUGGCUCAAAGCGGGGCAAGCUACUAGUUGACGAUUUCUUGUAUCUAAUCCGCAAGGAUCUGCCGAAACUAAACCGUUGCAGAGAACUGUUGGCAAUGCAAGAGGAGCUGAAACAAGCUCGGAAAGCAUUUGAUGUCGAUGAAGAGAAGCUAGCAAUGCAAGAGUGAACUUUUCACCCUUAAACCUCUUUUAGGGUUGGAAGUUUUGAACACCAUCAGAUACAUUAGGAGGCCAUUUCAAUGCCAUAUGCGAAUUUAGCCUGUCUUUCUUAGAAUAAGACCGUAUGAGCUGGUUUUUUGAAUUUAGAUUACUUGUAAAUCACGUAACCUUCAGAUUCCAGUGAAAUGAAAUAUGUUUUUCUACA